AUGAGCAACACCGUCAGCCAUGUUUUCCGGCUAGCCGCCGCCGACACUGCUGCUACCGUCGAGAUCCUGGGCACUUUUGGUGCUGACGCUGAGAAGCACUGGUCGCCGAUCGCCAUGACCAAGGCCGAUGACGGCAAGUACGAGGUCACGGUUUCCGACCUGGAGCCAGGAACCGCCUACAUCUACAAGUACAAGGUCGAUGGCGAGUGGGUGCUGGACGAUGCCGCCGACAAGUCUACCGAUGCCGCAGGCAUUGUCAACAACUCAUUCACGGCCCCGGCAGCUGAUGUCCACGUGGACAGCGAGGUUACCGAGCCCGUCAAAGAGUCUGAAGAGCAGGCGGCUGCUGCUGUCGAUGCGGCUGCUGCUGACGCAGUACCUGCUCAAGAUGCUGCAGCGACACCUGCAGAUACAGGUGUCGAGGCUGCUGGAGCUGUUGCUGACGAGCCGGCCGGUGCUGCUGAUGAGGCUCCGGUUGUCGAGGAACCCGCUGCUGCGGUCGCUAACGAGCAGGCUGCUGGCGCUGAUGAGGAACCAGCUGAGAAGACGACUGAUGCUUCUGCUGAGGAGUCGCCUGCUCCUGCUGCUGAAGCAGAAGCUGCUGUCGUAGAGCCUCCUGCCGCCGCUGAGGAGGUCAAGGUCGAGGAGCCUGUUGUUGAGGAGAAGAAGAUCGAAGAGUCCGUCGCUGCCGUCGAGGAGACCAAGACUGAGGAGGACCCUGUCGCUGCCGCUGAAGAGACCAAGACUGAGGAGGCUGCUGUCGCCGCUGAGGAGCCCGUUGUCGCUGCUACUGAGGAGGCUGCUACUGCUCCGGCUAUUGAGGAGGUGAAGACCGAAGAGCCUGCUGCUGAGGUCGCCACUGAAGAGGACGCUGCCUCUGUCGAGGAGACCAAGGCGGAGGAGCCGGCUAUCGCUGAGCCUGUCGAGGAGCCUGCUGCUGCCCCGGUCGAGGAGACAAUCCCUGGUGCCGAGGAGACCAAGGCUGAGGAGACCAAGGCUGAGGAGCCCGCUGCCGCUGAGGAGGCUGCUACCGCUCCGGCCGAGGAGACUGCUCCGGCCACUGAAGAGGCCAAGGCCGAGGAGCCAGCUGUCGCUGAGCCUACUGAGAAGGUCGAGGAACUUCCUGUCGUUGCCGAGGAGCCUGUUGUCACUGCUACUGAGGAGCCUGUUGUCACUGCUACUGAGGAGCCUGUUGUCACUGCUACUGAGGAGCCUGUUGUCACUGCUACUGAGGAGCCUGUUACUGCCCCGGUUGAGGAGAUUGCCACUGCUCCGGUUGAGGAGACUUCUCCGGUCGUUGAGGAGACCAAGCCUGAGGAGCCUGCUGCUGAGGUCGCUGCUGAGGAGGACGCGGCCCCUGUCGAGGAGGCCAUCCCUGCUGCUGAGGAGACCAAGACUGAAGAGCCCGCUGCCGAGGAGAUCAAGCCUGAGGAGCCGGUUGUCGCUGCUGCUGAGGAGCCUGCUACUGCUCCGGUCGUUGAGGAGACCAAGCCUGAGGAGGUCGCUGCUGAGGUCGCUGCUGAGGAGGAUGCGGCCCCUGUCGAAGAGGCCACUCCUGCUGAGGAGGUCAAGCCUGAGGAGACUGCUACUGCUUCGGUUGAGGAGACUGUUCCGGUCGUUGAGGAAACCAAGGUCGAGGAGCCGGCUGUCGCUGAGCCUGCCAAGGAGGAAGUUAAGGCUGAGGAGCCCGCUGUCGCUGCUGCUGAGGAGCCCACCGCUGAGGUCGUCGCUGAGGAGGCUGUUGCCACCCCGGUCGAGGAGCCUAUCCCUGCUGCCGAGGAGACCAAGACCGAGGAGUCUGCUGUUGUUGAGGAGGCUGUUACCGCUCCGGCUGAGGAGACUGUCCCGGCGGUUGAGGAGACCAAGGUCGAGGAGCAGGCUGUCGCUGAGCCUGCUGAGGAGGAAGUUAAGACUGAGGAGACUGCUCCAGUCGUUGAGGAGGCUAAAACCGAAGAGCCUACUGCUGAGGUCGCCGCUGAGGAGACCACUACCGAGGAGCCCAAGGCCGAUGAGGCUGUUGUUAUUGAGGAGCCAAAGGUUGAGGCUGAUGCUACCGCUGAGGAGACUGCCGCUGCUGAGCCUGCUGUCGCUGAGCCUGCUGUCGCUGAGCCUGCUGUCGCUGAGGCUGAGGAGCCCAAGGCUGAGGAGACUCCUGCCGCUGUUGAGGAGGCCGCCACACCGGUCCCCGAAGAAGAGAACGCCACGCCUGUCGAGGAGACCGAUCCCAAGGAGUCGCGGCCAGAGACCGUUGCCGAGGCUGCGGAGGCGUCCGAGCCUGCCAAGCCUACUGCCGAGACGGCCGAGGCUGCGGCUGGCUCCAGCAGCGACCACAAGAAGAAGAACCGCGGCUUCUUUGGCUUCUUCAAGCGCAUGUUCCAAUAA